UAUAUAAUAAUAAUGCCUCUCACAUCAUCUUCCCUAUAUAUUCUAAACAGCCGCCUUCGUCGCUGCUACUCUCCAAGUUGCUUCCCUUUCUCUCUCUGUCAUUAUUUUCUUGUGCCAUAGCUCUGACGUAGAUUCACUCACCAUCAUGACUUUGCCAGAAUGCCCGGCGGCACAACUGGCCCAAUUAUUUGGCUCUAACGCAACCAAUGCCGCCGCCGCCGCUGACUUCAUCUGUGACCGAUUCACCGCCGUCACCAACAAGCUCUCCGACACCACCUUCGCCGUUGAUAGCACUUUCCUCCUCAACUCUGCUUACCUCGUUUUCGCCAUGCAACUUGGCUUUGCCAUGCUCUGUGCCGGCUCUGUACGGGCCAAGAACAGCAUGAACAUAAUGCUUACCAACGUCCUCGACGCCGCCACCGGUGGUCUCUUUUACUACCUCUUUGGUUUUGCUUUUGCCUUUGGAGCUCCCUCCAAUGGUUUCAUCGGCCGCCACUUCUUUGGUCUUAAAGACAUUCCAGACACGAACUUUGACUACAGCUACUUCCUUUAUCAGUGGGCUUUCGCCAUCGCCGCCGCCGGAAUCACCAGCGGCUCCAUCGCCGAGAGAACCCAGUUCGUGGCGUAUCUCAUCUACUCAUCAUUCUUAACCGGCUUUGUUUAUCCUGUCGUGUCUCACUGGUUCUGGUCGGCUGAUGGUUGGGCCAGUCCGAGCAACCUGGACAACUUACUUUUUGGAACCGGAGUGAUAGAUUUUGCCGGCUCCGGAGUGGUUCACCUCGUCGGCGGUAUGGCUGGCCUGUGGGGUGCUCUCAUCGAAGGUCCCAGAAUUGGUAGAUUUGAUCAUACAGGUCGACCCUUAGCCCUUCGUGGACACAGUGCCACUCUCGUCGUUCUCGGAACUUUCUUACUCUGGUUCGGAUGGUACGGAUUCAAUCCAGGUUCAUUCACAAAGAUUCUCAGUGCUUACGAAUCCGGAAAUUACUACGGCCAGUGGAGUGCAGUGGGCCGAACCGCCGUGACAACCACACUAGCUGGUUGCUCCGCAGCGUUAACCACACUAUUUGGCAAGCGAAUCCUCUCCGGCCACUGGAACGUGACCGACGUCUGCAAUGGUUUACUCGGUGGGUUUGCGGCCAUCACCGCGGGGUGCUCUGUCGUGGAGCCAUGGGCUGCAAUUAUUUGCGGGGUCGUGGCGGCGGUGGUUUUGAUCAGUUGCAACAAGCUGGCAGAGAAGGUGAAGUUCGACGACCCACUGGAGGCGGCACAACUUCACGGCGGCUGCGGCGCGUGGGGGAUAAUCUUCACGGCGUUGUUCGCCAAAGGGGAGUAUGUGGAUCAGGUGUACCCGGGAAAAGCGAGCCGGCCACACGGGUUGUUCAUGGGUGGCGGAGGAAGGCUACUGGGUGCUCACGUGAUCCAAAUUCUAGUGAUAGUCGGGUGGGUUAGCGCCACCAUGGGUACGCUGUUCUUCAUUCUGCAUAAGCUCAAACUAUUACGGAUCUCGGCCGAGGACGAGUUGGCGGGUAUGGAUCUGACCCGACACGGAGGAUUUGCUUACGCCUACGAAGAUGAAUCACAUAAACACGGGAUUCAGUUGAAAAAGAUCGAACCGAAUGCUACCAGUCCGUCUCCCCCAACAGAACUGUAAUUGGAACUUUUUUUAAUGUUUUAUUUUCUUUUUUUUUUUUUCAAAUUAUUACUUCAUCUUGAACUAGAGUUGUCGUUUUGUUACGACUUUAUAAAUAGCAAGUACUUUGUUGUGCACAAGGCAUAAUAUAAUUAGAGAUUUUAUGUUAAUCUUGAUUGAUUGAUGGUGUUUGUUGUGUUAAUUUUCAAAAUGCAAAACAUAUUUGAA